CGGAACUCUUGCCGUUCCAGUCGUGCAGGUUUUGCGGCUCAUGUUGACACAAUCCAAAAGGUCAUACGGCUGACGACUGCCCCAUAGUUGCAGGCGCCGACACGACCAUCGUAUGCAUAAUCACACCAACUACGUACGGGUGACUUGUGUCUAAACGUGAUACCUUGUGAUGGAUGGACGACCUUUCUCCCACAAGGGUUUUCAGGAACUCCUACGUCGCAGCAGCGCGACCAUGGCGUAGCCUUGCAAGUUGUUGAACCACUAUGGCUCUGGAGGUCAUUUCAAAGCGGCCUGGUUUCACCUCGGCUUGUUUGGAGACUUUGAAGCUGAGUUCAAAGUCUCUAGGCCGAGGCGGCUUUGCAACUGUGCUGCCAGGAACGCUAAAGAAAGAUAACGGUGAGACGCUCCAAGUAGCGGUAAAAUUGUUGCACGAUGCGUACUCUUCCGAAGACGCUGUGGAGCUUCGGCUAUUCAAGGAAGAGGCGCAACUGAUGCUGCAACUAGAUCAUGGGAACAUCAUCACCGCGUACGGGCUGCUCAGGCUAUCGCCGCAGUUCCCCGGACUCACUGGCUACACGCAGCCGGCGUAUGCGCUGGUGCUCGAGAUGAUGGAGGGCGGAUCUCUCGCCAGCAUCAUUGUGAAGCAGUUGCUGGCGGGCCCGUCGCCCAAGUACACAUUCUCACAGGCACUCAGCUGGUGCCUGGACGUGGCGCGAGCGCUGCAGUACCUACACGCCGGCGGCCGAGACGGCUUCCCACGCAUCCACCGGGACGUCAAGCUGGAGAACGUGUUGCUGGUGGAGGGCGGCAAGGUCGCCAAGCUGGCGGACUUUGGGCUGCAGCGGGGAAUCUUCGGCCAGCAACAGCAUGGGGCGCCGGUGCUGGUGCGCCGCUCACAGCGCCCAGCCUCCGCCGUGCCCCUGUCACCUAGCGGCACGGCCGAAGGCGGCGGCGGAGCUGUCGCUGGAGGCACCUCGUUGAACGGCGCGGCGCCGGGGCCGGGGCAGCGGACCACUCCCGGCCCCUCACGUAUGGCCCCAGCUGACUUCGCGGAGCGCAACUCCCAGCGCACGGCCUCCGUCACCGCUGGCUUCGGCAAGACAAGUGCGUUGCUCAGCGGCGGCGGCGGCUUGGAGAGCCCCUCCUCACGCCUGGGCCGCGUUGGCAGCGCUGCCUCUGCCGGCAGCGGCGGCGGCGGCGGCGGCCGCAGCACCCGCAUGUCUAUUGAAGCGGACGCCGCCGCCGCUGCAGCCGGCGGCGGCGGCAACUUUAGCACAGGCCACCUGGCACCCGCGCCCGUAGAGCCGCUGUUCUUCGCGCUAGACGAUAAGGGGCUGUUGCCGCUGCAGCUGCCGCCGCCGAGUGAGCCGCCGGACCCAUACGACCCCCACGUUGACAGCGCGGUGCGUGCGCCCAUGCUGGGCCCGGCGGACCGGGUGCGUGAGGCGCUAGAUCUGGCGCGCCGCACGCACAGCAUUCCACAGAUGAUGCAACCCCUGGGAGUGGGAGAGCUGGGUGGCUUGGAUGAGGGGGGUGAGGCGUUGGCAGGCGUGGGAGCGGCAGCGGCAGCGGUGGGGGCGGCGGGAGGAGGGAGCCGCCCGGGAAGCGGACGUACGGCGUUGAGCCGGACGGGGGAAGAGGGCGAGGCGAGCGGUGGCGGUGCGGGGCCAUCUCGGUUGGCAGCGAUGGCGGGCGCGGCCGCGGGCGGAGGCAACGCGGCGUGGCCUGUAUCCAGCGGGGCAAGGACAGCAGGCGGCGGCGUGCUGAGCUCGCCGCGGGGCGUGAGCCUGUUGGCGGGCGGUGCUGGCGCCGCGGUCCUGACGCGUCCCUCGCCGCUGGGCGGCGGCAGUGCACAGGCAUCGUUGCGCGCCGGCGCCAAGGCUGGCCCCGCCUUGCAGGCGCAGCGCAGCGGCAAAAGCAUCAGCGAGUCCAUGGCGCGCAUGAACGCCAGCAGCCUGGCGCGCAGCCCGCACGGCGCGGCGGCAGCAACCUCAACAGCAGCAGCAGCGGUAGCGGUAGCAAACGCGGCCGCGACCGCGGCCGCGACCGCGGCCGCGGCUGGCUCCGGCUCACCAAGUCCGCGAGAGGCAGGCCCAGGGCCGGCGCUAAGGCCAUGGUCAGUGGAUGUGGGCUCCGGAGCCGAGGAGGCGGUGCCGGUGAAGGCCAUGGGGCUUGUGAGCGACCCGGGCUUCAGUGGCACCGUGAGUGGGUUGGGCCUAGGCAGCGGGCUGACUGGCGGGCUGGGGGCGCCGGACGGCCGACAGUCACUGGCGUCAUGUGCGGACAUCCUGCUUGACGCAACAAGCGUCGGCGGCGGCAGCGCCCUCAACACGGCCGGCGGCGGCAUGGAAGGAGCCGUGCUGGGCCCGUCACCAUCGGGCGCUGCGUCGCUGGCUGCUCGGGCCCCCAGCUCGCGACAGACCUCGCCCACCGCGGCCUCAGCGGGGCUGGGGGCUGCAGGGAACGCGGCGCAGGGCGCCGCCGCCAGUGACGUGGACCCGGUGGCUGUUGUGGCCGCUGCUGACGUGGCCGUUGACGACGGCCUGACGAGCAAGGGGCAGCGGCAGUUGCUGCCAGGCAGUAUGAAGCACGUGGAUUCUGGCGAGACGGCGCACGUGGGGCUGGAGGGCUUGUCGCACAGCGGCAACGCCAACGCAGCCGCCGCGGCAGCAGGUCGCCCGUUGCACGACGCCGCUGCAGCGGCCGCGGCGGCCGCCUUCAACAGGGCCUCUGAGGAUGCGCAGGCCCGCAGUCUGGAGUCGGCUCUGGUGAGCACAGCCGCCGUCGGGUUCAGCACCGCGGCGGGCAUGGGGACAGACGGCGGCACCACCGCCGCCGCCACGGGCACGGGCACAGGCGGUGGAAAUGCCCCUGGGACCGUGAGUGACCUCUCCGCGCCUGCCUCGGCACUGACCACGCACAAGUCGCUUGGCGAUGGCAGUGGCGGCGGCGGCGGCCCUGGAGGCGGCGGUAAUGCAGGUAACGUCGCGCAACUGCUGCUCAACGGUGUCAGCGCUGGAGGCGGAGGCGCAGGCGGCAGCACAGACGGCCAGUCGGCGACGUCGCAGCCGGUUCACAUGGCAGACCUGCUGCACAUGCGCCUGGGUGCGGUCAACGUCAGUGUGCGCUCGGUGCGCGCUGGCGGCGGCAGUGCCGUGCCGUCGCUGUCGCAGCGUGUCAUGGGCAGUGCGCCCAGCAGCCCGCGGAUGGCGGUGGCGGCGGCCGCGGCGGCGCGGGCCGGCAUCGCGCCGCCGCCUGCAGCGGCAGGCGCGGUGCGCGCGGCCAGCGUGACGGGCACUCGCAGCCGCACCUCGUCGGCGACCGGGCUCCUCAAGAACAAGCCGCAGGCGGAGUUCGAGGAGGUGUUCAGCCUGACUGGGCGCACCGGCAGUCUGGUGUACCUGGCCCCUGAGGCCUACAAAAACGAGCCCUACAACGACAAGGUGGACGUGUACAGCCUGGCCAUCCUCAUGUACGAGCUGUUCGGCCGCACCAGCGUCACCUACACACACAUCUCCACCAAGCUGCCCGCCUUCAGUCGCAUGCUGUGCAACCCCGACGAGUUCGCAGAGCGUGUGGCGGCCGGCUACCGGCCGCCGCGGCCCAAGGCCAUGGACAAACUGCCGCCCGAGCUGUGGGAGCUGAUUGAGGCGGCCUGGCACCAGGACCCCGUGCAACGGCCCGAUAUAGACACGGUGGUGGAGGCGCUGGAGGAGCUGGCGGAGCCGCUGGCGGAGGCGGAGGCGGGGCGCCGCAACAGGCGCAGCAACAAGCAAGGGGCGGAGGGCGGGGCGGGGGACGCGGGGGCGGCCAGCCAGGGCUGCAGCUGCACGAUUUGCUAAUGGGCCGCUGCCGGCGUGCGGGAGGGGAAGGGGGUGGACUACGUGUGGGUGUGGGUGUGGGGGGGGGGGGGUGUAGUAGGACAGUCGGUAAAAGACACAUCUAGAUGCCCCAGGGCGCCGUCCGCGGGGUUAUAUGCUUGUGUGUCGUAGAACUUCCGUGUUCCGCCCACACUCUCCCCCUUCUGGACUGCACGUCCCGGGCAGUCACCACGCUAGCGUAGAGAGUACUUCUUUGCACCUGGUUGUGUUUUUGUGGCAGUGGGGUGCUUAGGCCCACGUCGCGUCUACCCGUUACCUGAGCAGCGCCAGUAGCCAACUGUUUGUUGGUGCCUUUACGACUCUCGCAUAGCCGAAGUGAUGGACUUUCCGACGUCACCAGGAUUUGAACCCCCGACCUUGUGUGGUCGCGUGCGCAUUGUCUGCAGAUAACGCACGUUGGGCCCUGAACUCGAUACCAAAUGUAGUAGGACAGUCGGUAAAAGACACAUCUAGAUGCCCCAGGGCGCCGUCCGCGGGGUUAUAUGCUUGUGUGUCGUAGAACUUCCGUGUUCCGCCCACAGGGGGAGUAGUUCAUUCCAAUCCAACCAUUGGGAGUGUGUGGUGGAAGGGGGGUGCUUUCAUCUUCACAAACAGAGGAGGAGCGGCUGCUUGGAAUCCAGGUGACCGACGACGCCUGAAAUUUAAUUUUAUUGCGUCAUGCGAUUUCGAGGCCAUGGUGAGUUUCAAUGACAUGUGCCAAGCACGGUGGGCUGGUGGGUAGUGUUUGCCAUGCACGCCACGAGUGUAGUACGGUAGUACGGUGGUAACGGGGGCUUCGUGAGUGAGGGCUUGAACAGGGGUUGGGGACUGGGCCGUGUGUCUACGGGGUCGCUGCCGCAUUGUUGCGUAGGGCUACCGUGGACGCACAUGAAUACCUUUUACUGUGGAUUGGGGCGACACGGGUCAUAGUAGAAACGAGUGCGUGGCUUAUGGGCCGAAUGGACGACACCUCGCGCGAGGUCCUGGGAGGCGGCGCUGCAUUGUAUUCUACUAGAUCUCACCAGAACCCGGCGCAGUAGUAUCUCCUAAGUAAGACUGCUCCUCACGGUGGCUAGCGGGGCUGGUCGGUCAUAGUCUGCAACGGCUGAUGGAACGGACCCUCGGGGGGGGGCACUGUCGCGGUAUGCCGGCAGCAGUGGCAGUAGUGAUGAGGAUGACUGGAGGCGUAGGUGCUGGCUGUGUGCGUGCAGGAGGGCGUCGCCGCAUGGUAAAUGACGAAGAUGACUUAUGGUGAUUGCGGGUCGGGUUUGGCGUGGAGGAUAUGGGAUUUAGUGUACAGUACCGUAGUGCAGAUUUUGUUGCGGGCUACUCUCGUGACAUGAUGUUGCGGAAUGAUGGGCAUUGUGGAUUUCUGAUGGGCUGGGGUUCUGGCGGGAUAUCGAUUGGGCGUCGGUAGCGGUGCCUGAUGAGCGGUACGGCGCCGUAACUGUACAGCCGGGAGUUGCGCUGGUGGGCCGUGUGUGGUACCGGUAUAACGUAAGGGCUACAUUUCAACGCGUCCUGCCGUGCGCAUGCGCGUGUUAUUGUAACAGGUCGCCCCC